UGUGCUUAGAAAUACAUAUAUAGGUUGAUAGAAGAACGAAUUGGAAUUAGUGCAAUAAACAGUUUAUAUCUCCUUCGUUCGCGACGUGUAGAGCUCCGACUGAUACACCCACAGAAUCGCCCACCACCACUCCCAACCUCACACCUCACCACUCGAACCUCAACCCCAAAAUGUCCAACGACUUCAAACCCACCAACGUCCUCAUCAUAGGCGGCACCGGCACCAUCGGCGCCUACAUCACCUCUUCCCUCCUCUCCGCCGCCACUCCCAAACCCUACACCACUCUCUCCCUCUUCACCCGUCCCGGCUGGGACUCCGACCCCUCCUCCCAAAAGACCCAACUCAUUAAGCACUGGCAAUCCCAAGGCCUCAACGUCGUAACCGGCGACGUCGAAUCCCUCGACGAAGCGGGUUUCACCAACGUCUUUGAAGACGGCAAGUUCGACACCGUCAUCUCCUGCCUAGGCCGCGCCACGCUCAAAUACCAACCCAAAAUCAUCGACGCAGCUGAGCACUCGAAAAGCGUGCAGUGGUUCUUGCCGUCCGAGUUUGGCACGGAUGUGGCGCAUAAUGAGAAGAGUGCCCAGGAGCCGACGCACGUGGGCAAAUUGGCGCUGAGGAAACACAUCAGGGAGAAGAUUCGGCGGUUGAAAGUCACGUAUGUGGUUACUGGGCCGUACUUUGACAUGUGGCUUUAUCCUACGCCGGGCUAUGAGCAGGCUGGCGGGUUUGUGCCGGCCGAGAAGAAGGCGUACAUCGUUGGUGAUGGCGAGGGCAAGGUUGGGUUUUGUACCAUGUGGGACGUCGGCAAAUUCGUCACCGCCACCCUCCGCCACCCCGCCCAAUCCUUCGGUAAAGCCCUCAAAGUCCAAUCCUUCAUUGUGACCCCCAAUGAAGUCCUCUCGGAAUUCCAGAAGCAGACCGGCUCCGAUUUCGAGGUCACCAAGACCCCGCUCCCUGAGAUUGAAUCGCUCGAGGACAUCCUCUGGGACAAGAAGAGCGACAACCCGCAGCCCAAUCCCCUGGCUACAUUCGUCACGCUGCGUAGGAUCUGGGCUCGGGGUGGCACGCUGUACGAGAAGAAUGAUAAUGAGGUAUUGGAGGUCAACCAGGAGAAUUUAGAUACGUUGGAGGAAGGGGUGAGGAGGUACUUGGCCGGUGGGUACAAGGGGGAGACGUUUGGGGUGAAGGCCCGGGCGUGAGGGGCGUGCUGGAUUCGAGACGGAAUGCAUGGGGAAUAGGGAAAGAGUGCUGGAGGUGAACACUGACUUCAAGUUGUGCUUCUCGAGGAUGGUGACUGCCAUUCCUUCAACACUUUUAUUUCCAUGUCCACUCUCGCUCUAUCCGCUCGCCCUCUCUAAGAGCUAAUCCAGGAAGAGCUAACCUCAAGCCAGUAUGAAUCUUCUACCAGCGUGCCUACGCUCCGCAAGGCCUCCUCUAUCACCUCCCGAUACUUUGCCAACCAUGGCAAGUGAUUUGCCGAGCAGGUCAAGUUCUUGAAGCUCCUUAUAUACUCCACCGCAAAACUGUUGAAAGAAUUGGCGCCAGCCAGAUUCAGAUAUUCCUUUUGAGUGAGGGGGUUUCCUCUCCCCCAUAUUUCAUUCAGGCUGUCUUGUAACUCCGGUAUAGAAAAGAACCUCCCGUCCUGCGUCAAGCGAAUAUUCUCAAGCUGGG